CUAGGAGACGCCCCGCUAGUGCGCGGCGGCGGUACGUCUGCCUGCGCGGUGACGUCACCGACGAGGAGCCGCCGCGGAUCAGCUGAUUUUGCGGCGGCUGCUGCGGCUGCUGGGGGAGGUGUUGCGGUGGCUGCAGGUUAUAAUUCCACUCCUGACUUGACUGAUACUUUCCUUCCAUCAUGGGGGAACUCUUCCGGAGUGAGGAGAUGACCCUGGCCCAGCUUUUCCUCCAGUCGGAAGCUGCCUAUUGUUGUGUCAGCGAGUUAGGAGAACUUGGGAAAGUUCAGUUUCGUGAUCUGAACCCAGAUGUGAACGUGUUCCAGCGUAAAUUUGUUAAUGAAGUCAGAAGGUGUGAAGAGAUGGACCGAAAACUCAGGUUUGUUGAGAAGGAAAUUAAAAAAGCAAAUAUCCCGAUCCUGGACACUGGUGAGAACCCAGAGGUGCCUUUUCCACGUGACAUGAUUGAUUUGGAGGCAAACUUUGAGAAAAUUGAAAACGAGCUUAAAGAGAUCAACACAAACCAGGAAGCUUUGAAGAGAAACUUCUUGGAGCUGACAGAGUUAAAAUUUAUACUGCGCAAAACACAGCAGUUCUUUGAUGAGGCUGAAUUGCAUCAUCAGCAGAUGGCGGAUCCAGACCUGUUGGAGGAAUCCUCUUCGCUCCUGGAUCCGAGUGAGGUGGGAAGAGGAGCCGCCUUACGACUUGGAUUUGUGGCUGGUGUGAUCAACCGUGAGAGAAUCCCUACAUUUGAGCGCAUGUUGUGGCGAGUGUGUCGAGGGAACGUAUUUCUGCGUCAGGCAGAAAUUGAAAACCCCCUGGAGGAUCCUGUAACGGGAGAUUACGUGCACAAGUCUGUGUUUAUCAUCUUUUUCCAAGGUGACCAGCUGAAGAACAGAGUCAAGAAAAUUUGUGAAGGGUUCCGUGCCUCCCUUUAUCCCUGCCCAGAAACACCACAAGAAAGGAAGGAAAUGGCUUCUGGAGUCAACACUAGGAUUGAGGAUCUGCAGAUGGUGCUGAACCAAACAGAGGAUCAUCGCCAGAGAGUUCUACAGGCAGCUGCUAAAAACAUCCGCGUCUGGUUCAUCAAAGUGCGCAAGAUGAAGGCCAUCUACCAUACCCUGAACCUGUGCAACAUUGACGUGACUCAGAAGUGUCUCAUUGCUGAAGUCUGGUGCCCUGUUGCUGACCUCGAUUCCAUUCAGUUUGCUCUCAGAAGAGGCACGGAACACAGUGGAUCCACUGUCCCAUCCAUUCUGAAUAGGAUGCAGACCAACCAAACCCCUCCCACUUACAACAAAACCAACAAGUUCACUUCUGGAUUUCAAAACAUAGUAGAUGCAUAUGGCAUUGGAACUUACCGGGAGAUAAAUCCAGCUCCGUAUACAAUUAUCACUUUCCCCUUUCUGUUUGCUGUGAUGUUUGGAGACUUUGGCCAUGGAAUCCUGAUGACACUAAUAGCUAUGUGGAUGGUGCUUAGGGAAAGUCGCAUUUUGUCACAGAAGAAUGACAAUGAGAUGUUCAGCAUGAUUUUUAGUGGUCGCUACAUCAUUCUGCUAAUGGGAAUGUUCUCCACUUACACUGGCCUCAUCUACAACGACUGCUUCUCCAAAGCACUUAACAUGUUUGGCUCAUCAUGGAGCGUCCGGCCAAUGUUUACCAAUGCCAAUUGGACAGAUGAGCUACUUCACCGUGCCCCUGUCCUGCAGCUGGAUCCUGCAGUUCCUGGGGUCUUUGGUGGGCCAUAUCCCUUUGGCAUUGACCCAAUUUGGAAUAUCGCCAGCAACAAACUGACCUUCCUCAACUCCUUUAAGAUGAAGAUGUCUGUGAUUCUCGGCGUUAUCCACAUGCUUUUUGGUGUCACGCUCAGCCUUCUCAACCACAUUUACUUCAGGAAGCCACUGAAUAUCUACCUGGGGUUUAUUCCUGAGAUAAUUUUCAUGUUGUCUUUGUUCGGCUACCUCGUUAUCCUCAUUUUCUACAAGUGGACUGCCUAUGAUGCUCAUACCUCAAAGGAUGCACCAAGUCUUCUAAUCCAUUUCAUCAACAUGUUUCUCUUCUCCUAUGCUGAUCCUAGUAAUAAGAUGCUUUAUAAAGGGCAGCAAGGACUUCAGAGCUUCCUGGUGGUGAUCGCAUUUCUCUGUGUGCCCUGGAUGCUGGUAGUUAAGCCCCUCGUCCUUCGCCGUCAGUAUUUAUGGAGAAAGCAUUUGGAAGGGCAAUCCGUGGAGGGCCAAGUCAGCACAGUCCAGAACGAGCAGGCACUAGAAGCAGCAGCGGCUGCAACAGGAACUCACAACUUUGGUGGCAUCCGGGUGGGUAAUGGACCCACUGAAGAAGACGCAGAGAUCAUUCAACAUGACCAGCUCUCUACCCAUUCUGAGGAAGGGGAGGAGUUUGAUUUUGGGGAUACUGUAGUUCAUCAGGCCAUCCAUACCAUUGAGUUCUGCCUGGGGUGCAUCUCCAACACAGCCUCCUACUUGCGCCUUUGGGCUCUGAGCUUGGCCCAUGCACAACUUUCUGAAGUGCUCUGGACCAUGGUGAUCCAUGUUGGCCUCAGUGUGAGGAGUCUAGCUGGCGGCUUUGGCUUGUUCUUCAUAUUUGCUGCUUUUGCAACCUUGACUGUCGCAAUCCUUCUGAUCAUGGAGGGGCUAUCGGCUUUCCUUCAUGCUCUUCGUUUGCACUGGGUUGAAUUCCAGAACAAGUUCUACUCUGGUACAGGAUUCAAGUUUCUCCCUUUCUCCUUUGACAGCAUCCGUGAAGGAAAGUUCGACGACUAGUCGUUUCCCUUGGCUUGAGCUGCUUGGAUGUUUGUUUGUGGUUUUUAGUUAGUUCCUAUCCCCAGCAUCUGUGUUGUGCGUAGCUUCCUUACAAUAACAUACUGCCUCUAAAAACGACUUACCACAGCAGAUUGCAGUACUUCAGAAGAGGAGUGGAGAGCCAUUGCAUCACACUCUGUAUUGAGCGUAAUUAACACUGGUUCACAGUCUCUUCUCUCUGUUCUAAGCAAACAGUGUGUUGUUGAAUGUGUUUACAGUAAGAGAUGUUGCAUAGGAAAUGUUUGGAGUUGAUGUAUUGUGUAUUUAUGAUAUUGUAUAGUACUUAGCUGCACAGCUGGCUUCUGCAGGGGAAAAUGCAACCUGUUGCACUAGAAACAGAUGAACAGGAGAAAAAUGGAGAAGCUUUUAUCUGUCCUUGUAACCUCUGAUUUAACCAAAUGAAAACCAUUGGUGCACAAAGGAACCUUUUGAGGUGAGCCAGGCAUUAUGUAUCCCAGAAUUCACCCCUCCAUUCCAUGCACGUGGGAGUCUUGUUUGUUUGUUCAUUCCAAGGUGUGUGUGUUUGGGGGGAGGGGGGGGUUAUGUACAUUAAUUUGAUUGUCUCCUUUUGUAUUGGGAGUUGUGGUCUCUGCUGAUCCUUCAUGCUGUGUGAUCUGCUAGCUUAAGGAAAUGAGGUGGCAAAGCAGGUUUCCCUCUCCCAGCUGAUAAGUAGCCUGUCUUUCAUCUGUAUUUCUCUGCUCAGUCUAUCCCCUUACUCAAGCCUCAUGCUAUUAGAGGAGAAAAGAGAGAAUUAUUUUUUAUUCUCCAUUUGGAUGUUAAGACUUGGCCUACAAUUUGUCCAUCAUAGACUGAUCGUUUCACGUGGAGGUGGGUUUUCUAAGACCCUGGGUGUCCACUGCACCUUGUUUUAAUCAAGGCAGUGUGAUGUCCAGUGGUGCCAGGGCAAGAUGCUCUGAGUGAAGAAGAGUGCUUGCUUAACUCCCAUAGGACCCAACAGUCCCUCUGCCUUUAGUGCGCAGGAUAUGUUCCUGGAAGCAUCCUCUGGAUGUUGUGUUCCAGUGAUCUUCCUCCCAGAGCGUUAUCAGUGUUGUUUGAUAGAACAGGAACUUGGCAGGGCCCUUAGGGCAUUCCUAGACAGGAGGGAAUGUUCUUCUGCCACAGUACUCCCAGCUCCAGCUGACCUAGAGAACAAAGCCUCAGUCUUGCAUCCCUUAGCACUGGUCAGUGCAGAGGUUGUGUAUUAGACUGGCUGCCUACAUAGUAUAGGUGGAACAGGUUAAGAACACCAAAGUAAUAUCAGUGGGGCAAAAUAGAUGCUUGUGAAUGUUUUGGCUCUUACUAAAACUGCAGCCACUAACUGGUUUCUACCCAUCCAUCACCUGUGUAUAUGCAGAUAAUGAUAUUUCUGUGGUGUUCGACCUGACACUGCUGUCUUCUGAGAGCCUUGGAGGCAGUGGUCUACAUUCUGCUUGUGUUGAGGCCACAUCACUUCUGUCAGCAUUUCUAUGCUUAGCAAUCUUGAAACCUGAGGUAGAAAAUUCUUAGCAUUUAGUAUGUCUUGGUUUCCAAAACGCUCCUGCUCUCUAGUGCUGACUCUCUGGGUCUAGGCUUUUUUAUUGAGUUUAUGGGAGCAUGCAGACACUGGGUACCACAGUAUACUGAAGUUUAAGUGUCAACUGCACAAAAUUUGCACAGAAAAGUGUUUAAUGCAUAUGGGCAAUAGCCCCAAAGAGUUUAGAAAUGUUUUAACAUGUUGUAUCGUAUUGGUGUUCUGGGCUUUUUGGCCACCUGAUUUCUCUUGUCGUGCAUAGGAAUUCAUGUUGUCCUUCCCUGCCCCACAUCCCUUAAUCUGCAUAAGAUAAAACCCAUUAAAAUGGUUUCCAUGUAUGUAAAGUUUCAGUAAGAUCCCUCAGGUCAAUGGUUGCCUUUUCUUUUGCAGGGUGUGAAUACUUGCUUGCAUUCUGUCGUGGAAGUAGCCUCAGGAGUAGUGAUGUGUAGUGUCUGUCUGGUGUGAUCCACCACAAUAGGUACUCUCUAUGUCGUGUAUAUGUAUGUGUGUAUAAGUAGUCUCUAAACAAUAACUGGAAUCAAUUACAGCUGGCAAUCACAGGGGAAAAUACCAUUAAGUGCAGGUUUCUUCAAAAUGGCUUGAGAAAGGUGUGUCUGAUUGAGCACUUAAAGGAAAGCCUAGAUUGAGGUGGGGGAACUGGUAGGAUGGGGGUGUCUAAUUUAUGACAUUGUCAAGUGGAGUGCAGGUCACAACGGGCAGAGUUCCUGGCAGUGCCAUGGCAUUGUGGGUGGGCAGCUCCAUGGUAAUUCACCCAAACUGUUUGUGUGUUGAUUCUUACUGUAUGUUUACAAUAAUGUAUUUUGAAAACUGCAAGGUGAAAUGAAGUCUGGUGUGUAGCUGGAGCAGUAACAGUAACUAACCCCACUGGCCAUGUUGGGGGGCGGGGCAGAACAUGUCACGGAUGUUUACUGUACAAAUUAAACUUUAAGUGGAGUGAAACACAA